AGCGGAUCUCACACACAUGUGAUCUGAUGAAACCCUGCAGAUCAGAUCAAAGCCUUCAGAGAUCCUGCGCUUAAAAUCCAUGGGGGGUGGGGGGUAUAAGAGCGCUAGUGGCUGAGAGGAGGAUCACACACACAGACACACAGACACACACAGAGAGAGAGAGAGAGAGAGAGAGAGAGAGAGAGAGAGAGAGAGAGAGAGAGAGAGAGAGAGAGAGAGAGAGAGAGAGAGAGAGAGAGAGAGAGACUGACUGACUGUUGGAGCGCACAGAAGUGGACGCGGUACUGAAGCUCGUGGCUUUAAGAUGAGCUUCGGCGUGGUGGUGAUCUCGGCUGGUUUAUUGGGACUGCUCAGUUUCACUCUGCUCGCCGUGGCUGUGGGCACCGAGUACUGGUACAUAAUAGACGUGGACCAAGUGAUCAACUCCAGCUGGCACUUCGCGAGUUCGCACUCGGGGUUGUGGAGGAUCUACGAAGGAAAUAAUGGCAGUUUUCAUGACAUCUCCUUCUACAUGGAUACUUCUGAGUUCAAUGAGCAGGAAAAAUACCUCUUAAAUCUGCACAGGGUAAUUGUCAUCUUGCUACCUAUCAGCUUGGUGCUGCUGAUUUUUGGAGGCAUCUUCGGCCUGGUCGGUUCUCUUGCCCGCAGUUAUACAAUCCUCACUGGUGUGGCUGUGUACUUCCUCAACUGCAGCCACUUUACACUCACUGGUGUGUGCAUCUACGUCAGCUACUCUCAGCAGGCCUUGGAAGAGCUGCAGCAGCUGGUGAGCUCUGAAUUGCUCGCCCACAUACACAUGUACUUCGGCUGGUCCCUGGCCUCAGCUUGUCUCUCUUAUACACUCGAGGUGGCCUGUGGCGUCCUGCUCAUACUCGCAGCUCGUCUUGCUUAUCGUGAGCUACACCAUGAAUCUACCACUGCUUUCGCCAUGUCCUAGAGACACUACAGAGGAAGUGUAUUUAAUUUACCACUGUGUUUGAGGCAGGCUUUCUUACAAGAACCUGACUUCAGGUGGAGGCAAACAAAAAGUCACAUAUCAAAAAUCAUGUAUUUAUUUAUGGGAACUGAUUUGAAUUUAAUUUGAUUUGAGUGUUAACAUGUAUUCAUAUCUCAAAAUAUUUAGGAGUGAAUUUGUUAGUUUUAAAAAUGCAACGAAUCUUGAAGCUACUCAAUGUUAGAGAUUUGGGGAUUAAUGGUAGAAAAAAAGUAUUUCAGGCUGUAUACAAAAAGAGCGUAUUUGAAUGUAGAUUAUGAUGCACUGCAUGGAUUAAUCUCAAAGCUGUGAAUGCCAAAUCAAUACACAUUCAGAGAGAAUAAAAGGCGGUGUCUGCAUUUUACACACUAAAUAACAUAUACAGUAUAAUGACACUACUGGUGUACUGGCAUUCUGUGUUGUAGUGUUGUAUAAUGUUUGGGUCAUGGCCCAAGUUUUCAUGAUUCUGAAGGUAUUAUCUACUACUGUCAUCAUCCAUCUCCUCAGUAUUAUUGAAGUGUUAUAGUAAUACCCAAAUUGCAUUAUACUAUCCCAUUUACACACUGCAAGAGCAAAAUCUUUUAAUUUAAACCAGAGCUUGUCUUUUAGUCAGUGUUAGUCAGCUAGCUCACUCUGUAUGGAGCUUGGAUGCGGAUAAAAGUAUCUAAAUUUGAACUUCAAAACCUUCAAAAGUGAAAUCUCGAAGAUACAGAGUAAAUUAGGCCAAAUGUGAUGCUCUCAAUGAUGCUCUCGUAGGAAUAGAAGACACUUUCAGAGAAAGUAACCCUGUUCCCUGAGAAUAUUUCUGUUCCCGGUUACAUUUCAAAUGGAACUCCACAUUGCGUUAGCACAAUGCUGUGGAAACGAGAAUACCCCCUCCGUCAUACCAAGGGUAUGGCCUGUUCAAAAAGCCCCAAGCCCAAGGGUUACUGCAAGACACUCGAGCCCGGGGCGGAAUGAAUAUCCAGGCUGUAAUAUCGAAUAAGUGUGUGUGGCAUAGACCACCCUGCAGCAGCACACGCAUCUUGUAAGAUACCCCUUUGGACAAAGCCUUCGAGGAGGCGACAGCCCAGUGGAAUGAAUCUUUAUGCCCAGAGGUGUAGCGGGACCGCGCGCCUCAUAAGCGAUAGAGAUUUCUUCCACUAUCCAAUUACAGAUGCGCUGCUUCGACACAGCAUCACCUCUACUGUCGCCACCAAAGAAGACCAGCAGCUGCUCCGACUUAUGUGGCCAGAAUCUAUGAGCUGGUGCCCCUUGGGGGCCAGACCCACAGUUUCCAUAGUUCCCACCGAGGGUGAUAAAUCAGCCCUCCGGCUUGAGACAUAGAUCCCCGUGGAUGGGAAUCUACCAAGGAGUGCCAUCUAGCACGGAUACUAUCUCUGACAACCAUAUUCGAGCUGGCCAGUAAGGUGCUACUAGUAGCAGACAUGGACGGUCUUGGCGAACUCUUGCUAGAACUUGUGGGAGCAGAGCGAUCGGGGGAAAGCAUAUAGAGGCGACCUCAGCCACAUGUGCACCAUGGCGUCCAGCCCUAAUGGUGUGGGAGGAGUUAGGGUAAACCACAGCGGGCAGUGUAUUUUCUCCACUGAGUUGAACAAAUCCACUUCCACUUGGACGAACCUCUGCUAUAUGGACUCCACAGCCUCCAACCCCUGGGCCUCAGCGCCUGUCUCGACAGAAUGUCUGCCCCUACAUUGCAGCUGCCCGGAAUGUACAUUGCACUCAUUGACAAUAUCCUUCCCAAUGCCCAGAGAAGAAUUAGUUGCACCUGCCUGAACAGGGGGUGUGAACGUAACCCUCCCUGGUGGUUCAUAUAUGAGACCGCCGCUGUGUUGCCUGUCACAACCAACACAUGGUGACCUCUUAAUUGAGGAAGAAAGAACUUGAGUGCUAGAAAUAUGGCCCGCAUCUCUAGGCGAUUUAUAUGCCAUUCCAGAUGAGGGCCGCUCCAAAGACCGUAAACUGGACAGCCAUCUAAGACUGCACCCCAGCUUGUGAGGGAGGCAUCUGUCAUUACUGUCUUGCGAUAAGGAGAUGCCUCUAAACUGUGACCCGAGGCUAUAAACUGGGGACACCUCCAAAUACUCAGAGCGAGUAGGAGAUCUGUAAGCUCUCUCUAUUGCCCCUUCCUCCCUUGACUUUGCCCCUGGAUUAGCCAAGGCCCUCCUAUAUCAUAGACUGGAUUAUUUUCCUAAGAGCCUAUGCCCAGCCCGUAGUGUUGCAGGCGUUCUGCCUUAUUCCAUUCCUUACACCAGAACAAGAAGGAUUGCACCUACUGUGUACAGUAAGGGCUCUUGGUACUUAUGUCCACUGCUCAGGCCAGUAGCGUAAGUCAGAGCAGUUGCUGUCGUGCUUGGCAGUGACAGUUGAGGUGAUGCUGUGUCAAAACAGCGCAUCUCUAAUUAGAUAGUGAAAGCAAUAUCUAUUGCUUAUGAGCUGUGCGUUCUCACUAUCCCUUUGGGCAUAAGGGUUCAUUCCACUGGGGGGGUCGCCUACCUCAAUGUGCAAAAUAUCACAUCACCUGACCAUGGAAAACCAAUAAAUUGGCGUGAUUUUACACAGACUUCAGAUACCGGUGAUGUGCGUAGGCAUUCCCAGACUGUAAAAUUCACUCAACCUCUCGUUCCCUUCUCAGGGUACAGGCUUACAUACGUUGCCUAGAUGUUUCACUGUAGAAAAGUAGCUGUUUGAUUAAAAACUUUUUAAAUUUUAUUUCACCACUCUGAAACUGUAUACGUUUCUCUGGGCAUCCCAGCUGCUUCACCUUUGGCCUAAUCUGCAUAAAAUCUGUAUUUUUGAGAUUUGAAAUUUGUAUUUAGCUUUCUUUUCUCUUUUUUUUUUAUUUAGAAAUUGCAAACCAUAAUUUAAAUACACCACAGGAAAAAAAAAUUAUGUUGUGUGUGUGUGUGUAUAAUUUAAAUAUACAAAUUUAUUAUUGAUCCUCCAAUACUUUUGUCAGCUUCUAACCUCUGGCUCUUCUGCUGUGUAGCUAUGGAAUCAAAGCACAGCACAAAACCAAUAGAAAAAGACAUGUUAUUCUCGAAGGAGAAAGGGUUGCACUACUUUAUCUCAGCAUGCUGUUCACCUCAGGGUCUCUGUGUGCGUUUACUUGCUCUCCCUGAGGCUGAUGAUAGCAAGCUAUACAGUGUUGGGAGCAAAACGCCUGCACACUCCUGGUGUUUGUGGUUUUAAUUAUUCAUUCUGUAUUCGCUAUGUAUUUUGUUAUCUGAUCAGUGUGUUUUAUUGUCCUAUCCUGUCUGUGUUCUCAAGCCUGGCUUCUAGCUAACUGCUAGCUCACUAUUGGCUCUGUGUAAAGCUGGACCUAUUGAAAAUGGUGUAUGAUGUAUGUGUCUGAAAGCUCCUGCCAAAUCCUACAGCUCUGACUGUGAAUUACUAUGUAUACAGGACUGCCAGGGCUCACAGCAGCUCAGGAACUCCAUGUUUGGGCUAUAUAUUUUAUUUCUUCACCGAAUUAAUAUUGUUGGGGGGGUUUUUUGGUUGUUGUUGUUGUUGUUGUUGUUGUUGUUGUUGUUUUGUCUGUUUGGUUUUUCUUUUUUUUCUUUUCUUUUUUUUUUUUUUACAAAAAAGCAUAUGCAAGUCACCUUUGAAAAUUAAUUUUCCUUAUUUGAUGGAACACAGAAGUAGCUCUACCUUAUCAAAGAAAUGUGAUUUAUAUGAAUGUAAAACCCUUGUGUUAAAUAACAAUUACAUUUUGAUCAUCCAGCACUACAUGAAUAAACUGUCUAAAAAUAUAGAAAAAGAUGCUUGUGUCCAGAGUCAUUGAAUACUAUGUUAUCAUGCUUGUGUGUCUAUCUAUAAUUGGUCAAAAACAUUUUAUUAAGAGCUGUAUUAUGGAUGCUUGAACACAUGUUCUUGUUGGUGUCUCUUAGAGGAUGACUAAUUAGGGUAUAAUUAAGUACACUUCUUUAUUGUAGCAAUAAAUGAACAAAAUAACCUGACAAACAUGCUUAUCAUCGAGGCAGUUAGGUCUUACAGGAUUCUUGAAAUAACAUUCCUUUUGGCUCUUUGAAAGUAUUGACAAAGAGCAAUGGUUUGUGUUGAUACAUGUCUGUUUUUCUUUUGUUUCUUUGGGGGGGGUUGUUUGUUUUUUUUGUUUUUUUUACUGUGGCUUCAUUUCUUUGUGUGCCAAAUAUUUUGCUUACAUGAAAUUCUGUGUAAAAUUAGGAUCCCACCAAUGAGCAUUUUGCCUUAUUGCAUACAGUGUAGAACAGUACUCAAACAUUAGCUUAUUAUUACUUUGGUAAAUAUAUAUGCUGUUACAUUCAUUAUGUUCGUUCAUUCAUUCUGUUUUGUAAAUAUGGUUAUAGUUUGUUUCAUAUUAGUGUUUGCAGCAUUAUGGUCAAUUUAAAAACACAGAAGAAUUAAAAAAAACAUAUAUAUGUGCCAGAAAUUUCUAAUUAAGUAGUUUCAUGCAAAGAUCCCACAGAAGGUGAUGAGCAGUACAUUAGCAACUUUAGUGUUUACCAUCCUUUACACUGUAUAUGGAUAAAUAACACUACUUAAUAUAACACACUCUAAUU